AUGACUGCAAAUGCUGAUGAACCAAACGAAUCUAAUGCUUUAACAAGCCAUGUCCCCGCAACCUCGGGCACAACGCUCCUCCCGCGUCCAGUCGCGUCCUUGGUAUCUCUGCUGACCCAAUCAACCUCACUUACGCUACGCAUCGGGUCAUUCUUUGGUGGAGUUGCCCUAGAUGGCGCGCGAGUGACAACCUUAACGAGCUUAGAAUUGGGCCGUGCUGUGGUUGAAGGCAUUCUGACGCGUGCCGGUCGCGAUGUCGCGAUUCGUAGUGGGGAUGAUCAUGGACGAAUGGAGGCUGAAUCACUGUUAGAACGAAGUUUAGCAACAUUACAUACAACCGUAACCUCCGCAUCCUUCUUCGCCGCGGCUACUUUUCAUUUCUCGUCAACCACGUUGGCUUCCGUGGCGAACUUCUCGCAGGCACUUCUAUCAACCCUUGAUGCGAUUUUAGGAUCGACCGAGAGUUCCAGGGCCAUUGCGGCUAUUAUUACCCUAAUUCGGCGUGAGUUCAGAUCCGUCGACACCGGCGCCAGCAUCGAGAAGAUCGGUGUGGGGGACCUGUUGAUUGGCUCAGUGGGCUUUGCACUUCUGCAGCGCUGGGGUAAAAGGAAUACCGAAAGACGACUGCGAGAGAAUGGCGGUGAUGAAGUCAUUUGGGAUACCGUCAUCCUUGACAAUGGAGCCCGGGCAGAUGUUGUUGGAACACAUCAACUACAAUUCCCAAAUGAAGCGCGUGAAGAAGGCCCUGACGAGCAGGAGGGCGCUUCAUUCGUGAUGCCGGGCACUGGGGAUCAAUCCUUCAAUGCCGUGCAGCGACGCUCGAGUAACUCGGAUUCAUAUACAGGGGCUCGUCUUUCGUUCCCACUGGACAGUCAACAACAGGUCUCAGACGAAGAUAUCCGAGCGUACAUCAUGAGCCAGUUACCACCAGGCUGUCAUGCUUCCAUAAGAUCCGAGGCUCUGACUGCAAGAACAAUCACGGUGGAUAUUUUCGAUGACGAGAUGGCUGAAAUCGCAGCACCUCCUGGGACUACAAUGGUUGAAGAACGAUUUCACCAUCAUGACCAUGCAAGUCCUAGUGUGCCGGAAUUUUCGAAACUCCCGAAGCACACUGUCGUAUUUCGCACAGCCUUCAAUAAGUCGCAGAGCACACAGCUGCGACCCCAGGGUCCAUCCAUCCCGGAUUUCAUUGAGCCUGAUUACCAGCGGCCUUCACAAGUAAAUUCGGCAUUGGCCGGGAAUCCGAGGAGCCAGCUCAAGCGAGCUCAGUCGGAAGGCUCGACGAGUGAUGCGACUAUCAAAGAUGGAUUCUCGAUAUCGAGGUCUUCAACUGGCCAGACUGAAAAGGCCGCAGGCAGAGGCUCUAAAUUUGCCCAGCGCUUCAAGCCCGCUGGUCACGAGAAGACCAGCAGCGUGAAGCCACCGCUCCCCAAAAGGCCGGCUGUCAAAGCACCAGGAUCCUCUGGCACAUCCGCCAGUAGACAGCCUACAAAGCUUGCUCGAGGAGCGGCGUCGAUGAAAGAAGCGACCGCACGAGAGAAAGCAAAUCGACCAGUCCCAGUCAGACCAAGUCAAACAGCAGAGUAUCGGCCUUCCACCCCUGGUCCGAAUAGUGGAUUACGAAGAUCGCCUUUCUCCAACUCUCCCCAAGGCCACUCUCCACGGUCGCAAGCCAAACAUGCUCCUGCCCAUGGUAUGCAUGAUAGGAACAAUUCCAGAGCAGGUCACUAUGUUUCGCAUGAAAGAAGUCAAGAGUCUCUUCUUACACAUACUGAUGCCUUCUCACGUCGUGCUGGAGACCUGCGCCCGGGAUCUCCUGCCACAUCUCGAACUCAUGUUCGCAGCACCAGUUCCUUGUCGGUAUCAAGGUCUGAAACGGACGGGCCUGUGUCCAAUGAUUGCCCGGGCUCAUCAGCACUGCACAGAAGAUCGCAGUCGUAUACCCCUAGCAUGUACUCUGUCGCGACUGCUGGUUCUGAAACAUCGCUUUUGCUAGCUCAUCGCUCGCGCAAAAGCGCUUAUGAAGAUAUAGACACCAUUCAAGCACUAAAUCGUGAUGGCAUCGUGCCAGGAAUCUUUCCAAAGAGGCAUUUUGUUCAAAACAUACGCCGAUUCUGUCGCUUUUCCUCUGCUUCAUACGGUUCCAGUGCGUUGAAGGUCAUGGGCGUACCUAAGGAUGCGAAAAGCAUCCCGCAUAAAAUGUCGGACAGCCAUGAACAUAGUGCCUUCGAACACAAUGCCGGCCUCCCACCAUCAACAAUUCUACUCUCCUCCUUUGUGGAUCCAGCUGGAGGCUCAAAUGCGGCCGGUGAAACUGAAAGCGGGUUCCCUCUCGUACACUACCUGUCCAUCGACCACGAGUCCAAGGCAGUAGUUCUCACCCUCCGAGGAACCUGGGGCUUUGAAGACAUCCUCACAGACAUGACCUGCGACUACGACGACCUGGAAUGGCAAGGCAAAAAUUGGAAGGUACACAAAGGAAUGCACGCCUCCGCGAAGCGACUCCUCGAAGGCGGCGGCGGCCGAGUGAUGAUCACUCUCCGCGCAGCACUGGAAGAGUUCACGGAUUACGGCGUCGUACUCUGCGGCCACUCCCUCGGCGGCGGCGUGGCAGCUCUACUCGCAACCAUGAUCUCGGAGCCAAGCAGCUCUCUUGCAGGCCCAUCCUUCGUCACAGCACCUUGCCAUCCAAUUUCAACCCGCCUUCUAACCGACAGCAACACACAAACCUCAGAAUCCACACCACAUUACGACCUACCCCCAGGCCGCCCAAUCCACGUCUACGCCUACGGUCCCCCAGCCGUAAUGUCCCCUUUCCUUCGCCUCGCAACCCGAAACCUAAUAACAACAAUCGUAAACGGCUCCGACAUAGUCCCAAGUCUAUCCCUCGGCAUCCUUCACGAUAUGCAUACAGCAUCCCACCUCUUCAAGACAGACGUCUCCCAGGCAAAAACACAUAUUCGCCAACGUCUCCACGAAACACUCCGUCAAAGUAUCGUGCACAAAUUCUAUGUCAACCAGCCGCCUCUAGUGGUAAACGCCGGCGAUGGCGUAGGCGAAGACGCCUGGGCCUGGAAAACGCUCGCCCUCCUCCGCGACGCGAUGCGAGCACCAAAACUGAUGCCGCCAGGCGAGGUAUUCGUGGUUGAGACUAUGCGCGUAUUACAGCGCGAAGCAUUCACGCCGCAGCCGGAGUUUGGGGAUGGGUAUCCGAGGCUUGGACGACCUGCUACGAGGGUUCAAAUGAGGUUUAUUCGGGAUGUGGAGAAAUGGUUUGGGGAAUUGAGAUUUGCAUCGGGGAUGUUGAGUGAUCAUAAUCCGGCUAGGUACGAGACUAGUCUUGCUGCUUUGGUUAGGGGGGUUUUGGAUGAGUGA